UUUCCUUGUUUAUUAUCGUUCAUUCUUACCGUUCUCUCCCACUCUUUCUCUCUCAUAUUCGAAGACAUAAUAGGGUAAUAUGGAUGAGACUCCAAUGGACCCUAUAAAAACUGGAGAGAGAGAAGAGCAGCAUCGAAAUUUCUAUGCAGAAGAAUAAAUGUUUAUUUAUUUUCUUAUCCUUGUGCUAUCUCAUUAGCGACUAGUGUUUUUGUGUCGUGAAAAUGUCGUAUUGUAUCUGUUCUGUGGAGAUAACGCUGUAGCAGGUCUUAUUCAUUGUGUUUGGAGGUACCUAAGCUCCAAGAUUCGACUCCUUUUCAUGUCAUAUAUCUCCUUUCACAACACUCACCACCGAUUCCCCAAUACAAACUCAUUUUUUCUUUUUCCUUUCUGCAAUGCCAGAAAAUUAAAAGCCUGUGUUGUUUUGUUGUAGUGAGUAAAUUGUGUGGGUAAGCUUCUAUUGUUCUUUUCGGUCAAAUGGGGUUUUGUUUCUCCCAUGAAAGUUUAAUUUUGCUGUAAUAAACUGUGCUUGUCUCUUGCAUUUGAAGUAACCCUUUUCAUUUCCUCUGUUUCUGGUAGAUUAGGUUCUUAUUUGUUUAUUAGUUUUGUGAGUUCGCGUAUUGUUGGUGACUGGGGAGUAGUUUCUUAUUGUUUUGACUUUAGGGUAGUGAAUGUUUCGGGUUGGGUUUGGUUUAGGAGGAAGAAUAUUUGUAUGGUGAGUUAAGGUUUAGAAAGAAGUGGAUUUUUGGGUUUUUUUUGUUUGUUAUUGGUAGAAGAGUUGAAGGUUAUAUCUCUAAUUCAUGGAAGGUUCUUCCCUAUGCUGUCUGGUGCUAAUUAUUGAAAGAAAAGUGGUGACUUGUGCUGUGGAGUUUGGGUAGUGGCAGGAAGGAUAGAAUGGAUUUAUGGGUUGUUGCAGCUGCUGCUGGAGCUGGCUAUUUGGCUAAAUAUUGGAACAGGGUUGCAAAACAUGGUGAUAGAUCCGUGUCUUCCGAGGAUUCAUAUUUUGAGAACCCUGUCACCUCAAGCGGCCCCUCUCCCUUUGCUAAACAAGCCCGAAGAGAUGAUUUGGCCGAGGAUGUCUGUUCUGAUGGAAGGAUUUCAGAUCUGUACACUCAGGAUGGUAUUGUGACAAGAGAAGUGGCUUCUGACAGAGGGUUUAACAGUGAAAAAAUGCAUAAGUUUUGGAAUUAUAGCAAGCAUGAUGUUCUGUCUUUAGCAAACUUAGCAAUGCCCUUAUCACCAUAUGAUGAUAACUUCAAGGCUGUUGAUGAUUCAAAUGGCCAAAGCUCUGGCAUUGGCGGUGAUCAUGGAUUCCUUAUUCCAGAUUCUUCUGCUGAAAUGGUUCCUGUCAACAACUCUUCUGGACACAAAACCCUUCUCAGGAUGAAGCUUUUGUCUGGGCGUGAGACUAGACCUUUAAGUUCCCUAGAAAGUUGCUUUAUGGCUCAGCUAUACAAGGAGCAUGCUGAAACCGAAGAAUAUGUUUUUGGUUCUCUUGCAUCGCAGUCCACAGCCACGAGAUCAUUUCUUGUUAGCAAUGGAAGCCAAAUAAUCAACAGAGAAAAGAAUAGUACUUCCUUUGAAAGCAAGGAAUAUAAGCUACAAAAAGCAGGUGGUAGAAUAAAGGAUGAAAACGUCUUUGGGGUUCCUCCUUCCUUACCAAAAGUCAGAUCUGUAAAUGAGGCUAAGGAGAAAUUUUAUGCAGUCAUUGGGAGAAGUCGAAGAUUGAGCUCUUCUGACAGUGUGUGCAGUGAAAGUCUUGUCCAUACUCAGCAAUAUGAUAAAACACUUCUCUUCAGUCUUGGGAUUUCUUUUGGGAUGAUGACUUCCAUUAUGGCAAAUAAAAGAGAAAUAGGCAAGUUAAGAGAGUUGUUGAAGCAGACUGAAAACCUGGUUCAAGAUCUACAAGAGGAACUUGAAAUGAAAGAUUCAAUGACUGUGAAGGAGUUACAGAAUGAAAAUUAUGGUUCGCAGGAUACUUGUGAUCAUUCCUCUUAUGAUAAGGAGCUAAAUGAAUUUUCCCCUGAAAAGCAUGUAGAUAACUCACCUAGAAAUGACUCCAAAGAAUCAUGUCAUCAAAAGGUAGAACAAAGUUCAGAAACCAUGAGCAAAAUUGAAGCUGAGCUUGAAGCUGAACUUCCAAACUCACAUCUUGUGCUGUGGAGUUUGGGUAGUGGCAGGAAGGAUAGAAUGGAUUUAUGGGUUGUUGCAGCUGCUGCUGGAGCUGGCUAUUUGGCUAAAUAUUGGAACAGGGUUGCAAAACAUGGUGAUAGAUCCGUGUCUUCCGAGGAUUCAUAUUUUGAGAACCCUGUCACCUCAAGCGGCCCCUCUCCCUUUGCUAAACAAGCCCGAAGAGAUGAUUUGGCCGAGGAUGUCUGUUCUGAUGGAAGGAUUUCAGAUCUGUACACUCAGGAUGGUAUUGUGACAAGAGAAGUGGCUUCUGACAGAGGGUUUAACAGUGAAAAAAUGCAUAAGUUUUGGAAUUAUAGCAAGCAUGAUGUUCUGUCUUUAGCAAACUUAGCAAUGCCCUUAUCACCAUAUGAUGAUAACUUCAAGGCUGUUGAUGAUUCAAAUGGCCAAAGCUCUGGCAUUGGCGGUGAUCAUGGAUUCCUUAUUCCAGAUUCUUCUGCUGAAAUGGUUCCUGUCAACAACUCUUCUGGACACAAAACCCUUCUCAGGAUGAAGCUUUUGUCUGGGCGUGAGACUAGACCUUUAAGUUCCCUAGAAAGUUGCUUUAUGGCUCAGCUAUACAAGGAGCAUGCUGAAACCGAAGAAUAUGUUUUUGGUUCUCUUGCAUCGCAGUCCACAGCCACGAGAUCAUUUCUUGUUAGCAAUGGAAGCCAAAUAAUCAACAGAGAAAAGAAUAGUACUUCCUUUGAAAGCAAGGAAUAUAAGCUACAAAAAGCAGGUGGUAGAAUAAAGGAUGAAAACGUCUUUGGGGUUCCUCCUUCCUUACCAAAAGUCAGAUCUGUAAAUGAGGCUAAGGAGAAAUUUUAUGCAGUCAUUGGGAGAAGUCGAAGAUUGAGCUCUUCUGACAGUGUGUGCAGUGAAAGUCUUGUCCAUACUCAGCAAUAUGAUAAAACACUUCUCUUCAGUCUUGGGAUUUCUUUUGGGAUGAUGACUUCCAUUAUGGCAAAUAAAAGAGAAAUAGGCAAGUUAAGAGAGUUGUUGAAGCAGACUGAAAACCUGGUUCAAGAUCUACAAGAGGAACUUGAAAUGAAAGAUUCAAUGACUGUGAAGGAGUUACAGAAUGAAAAUUAUGGUUCGCAGGAUACUUGUGAUCAUUCCUCUUAUGAUAAGGAGCUAAAUGAAUUUUCCCCUGAAAAGCAUGUAGAUAACUCACCAAGAAAUGACUCCAAAGAAUCAUGUCAUCAAAAGGUAGAACAAAGUUCAGAAACCAUGAGCAAAAUUGAAGCUGAGCUUGAAGCUGAACUUGAGAGAUUGGGGUUGGACAUGAAUGCAUCAAGCCUAGAAAGAAAAUUAUCUGAGCUUGUUGAGAUUGAUUCAGAGUUUGUAGCAGAUUUUUCCCAGGGUGAGCUACGAGCUGACAUGGUCAGUGGUAAAGAUUCUGUCCCUCCAAAAUCGACCGAGGAUGCCGGAGAUCCAACACCUCUCCCUGCUAACUAUGCAGUCUUGCCUCAUGAACUGAGUUUGCGUUUGCAUGAAGUUCUACAAUCUCAGCUUGAGCAACGAGUGCAGGAGCUUGAGAUUGCCCUUGAAAAUAGUGAGAGGAAAGUGCAGCAUUUGGAAUCAAAGCAAGAGGGUUAUUUUCAAAAGGCAUCUUCCUUUAGUAGAGAAAAUGAUGACUGUGACCUUAUAUCCCAGCCCUUAAUCCUUAACUUAUCAGGUGAAGCUCUAGAUGCAUACACUGAGGCUUAUGAAGAACUGAUAAAGAUAAAUGACUCCGAACAAAAUUCACCACAUGAUUGUGCUGACCACAAGGAAGGUUUGCAUUUACAUGACUUGCAUGUAUUAGGGGUUCAACAUGGUGGAGAAAAUGGUUCUAGAAUUUAUGAAUUAGCUGGUACUGAAGUUGAAAGUAACGGUUUUGAUGAUGACGAGGUGGAACAGCAAUUGAUAAGGCAAAUUGUUGAAAGGACCAAGAAAGGUUCUCCUGUUUUUAAAAAUGCACAAAAGAUAUUGUGUUGUGUGGAUGAAGAUGAACAAUGAUAUCAAACAGUUUUAGACAUCUAGGAAUAGAAAAGAGUUAAUAUUUACUAAUACCCAAAAAGCUUCCCUUA